AUGGAGCAACAGGCUGUGCUAAGCCUUCUCCUCCCGGUGGACGAAGAGGUGGGAGAACUCGGAGCACUCAAGCUCGAUAGAUUUGCUGCUGACGACAGCCGAGUCGCUGAGGAGAUGCAGUCGGUCGAGGAGAUGUUUCGACCGCAGCUUAAUGAAGCUCAGAGCACGAUGAUGAAGACGUGGCUGGGAGGGGUCCUCCCUUUCCCAGACCAGACUCCAGUAAACCAUGGGGUCAGCGGUGCCAUCAACAUGAGAAACAUAGAGGGGAAACGCAGAAAGGGCCCCUUGACUUGGGCUAGGAUGAGCACUCCUCAGUGGUGGAUCGGCCGCGAAGCCGGAAUAGCUGCUGUUCUAUUCGUGAACAUGCGUCCUCCGAAUGGCGAGCCUGUCAAGAGGAUGUAUGAUGACUUGGAACGUGCCCUGUACGGAGACUCGCCUAAAACCAAUAAAGUCCUCACGGUGAUGACUGGCGAUGUAGGGGCUACCAUCGAGGAAACGGGAUUGUCGUGA